AUGGCUACUAACGAAAUCAAACCAUACGAAUCUCGGCUCGAGGAUGUCAAAGAAGAUGCUCUCAAAGCACCCAUCCUCAAAUCUGAUCUUGAUAAUCUCACGCGAUGGGAGACAGUCAAAAGGUUUUGGAAGGCAAUCCUGAUUUGCAAUAUGAUUUGUUUCGCUGCUGCUUGUGACGGUUAUCAAAUCAACUUGAACGGUAACGUCAUCGCCAAUCCAGGUUUCGUCGCUCGUGUAGGAGAGAAAAACGCUGCUGGGAAGAUCGCGCUCACCACUCACGCCACCGCCACAUGGGGUGCUGUACAAUCUCUCGGUCAACUGGUAGGGAUGUGGCUUUUGACUCCUAUCAGUGAUCGAAUUGGAAGAAAAUACAUGCUUUACCUGCUCUGGUUGAUUCUAGUCGGUUCUAUCAUGAUCGAGACUUUUACUGUUAAUUGGAAGCAAUGGGCUGCUGCCAAGUUCUUAGCUGGUGCUGGUAUCGGUUGUCUUCAAGCCACUCUACCAAUCUACGUUGCUGAAUGGGCUCCAGCCAAUAUCCGAGGCGGUAUGCUUUUAGCUUACUCAGGAUGGAAUCAUACCGGAGGUUUCCUUGGACCUUUGAUUCUUUUCAUUUGCAAGAAAACGUUAGGCGAAAAGGAGUAUAAAAUCCCAAUUUUGACUCAAUGGGGUUUCUUGGGUAUCAUGCUUCCCAUUUUCCUUUAUCUUCCUGAAACUCCUUCUUACUACGCCGCCCGAGGUUUACAUGACCAAGGUGUCGCUGUUCUUAAGCGAGUCAAUGGAGGUGUCAAAGGGUACGAUAUUGAGGCCGAAUACGAUAUCAUCAAAAACAUCAUCAUUGAAGAGCAAGAAAGACUGGCAGAACUUGGGUUGGAAGAACACAACUGGAGAGGAGUGCUGAGAUCCUACGCAGACUGUUUUAGGGGAAACAACUGGAAACGUACACUUGCUGCCGCUCUCCCCGCUUCCUGUCAACAACUCACCGGUCUUGCCUUCUUAUCCGGAUACGCUUCUCUCUUCUUCAAAGAGGCUGGAUUCACCAACGCGUUCGAGAUCACCUCUAUUCUUUUCGGAAUAAAAAUUUUCUUUGUCAUCGUCUUUGCCCUUACGACUGAUCGAUUUGGUCGACGAAACAUUGUUAUUUACCUCGGUGGAUUAUGUUGUGCGAUGCUUUUAGUCAUCGGUAUUCUAGGCCAUGUGCCUCAUACCAACCGGACAAAGGAUCUUUUGAUCGCUGCCGCUUGUUUCUGGUCCGCUGGAUCUGUUGGUCUUGGUGCAUUCGGCUGGUCCUUCGCUGGUGAGGUCGCUGCUCAAAAGCUUCGUGCAAGAACAUCGGGUUUGGGAUCUGGUAUCGCGGUCAUUUUCGGAUUGACAUUCAACACUUCGGUCCCGAUCAUGCUUUUGGACGGUGGAAAGAGAUUGGGUAAUAAUACCUAUAAUACCGCAUUCAUCUUCCUUGGAUUCGGAACUCUCGUUUGGAUCCUUACAAUCUUCCUACUUCCAGAAGUAGCCAGUCGAAAUCCAGCAGAGUUGGAUGAGAUGUACGAAAAAGGAAUCGCCCCUUGGAGAAUGAGAAAAUACGUAACGGAUGUUCAAAAAGAUCAUGCUGCUCGAACAGGUCAAACCAUCCCUCAAUGA